GAGAGGCCCGCGCCACUUGCAACUUGACUCGCCGCCGCUCACCCCGCCCUCGCCCUCACUGCCCCGCACAACGCGGCGGCGCCGCUCGACCCCCACAGCACACGCCGCCGUCGGAUUCCCGCUCCACGAAACGCCGCCGCUCCACCACGCAGACUGUAGGUUUUCCUCUUUCGCCAUCGAAUCCCCACGAGCCGCUGAAUCGCCUGCGCCGUUUGCUAUACAGCAAAGGUCGCGCGCCCGCCGAUGGCGCUGCGCGCCAGUGGCAGCUUCUACCACUCCGCCAGCCGCGCCGUCUCCCGCCAAUAGCAAGCACAUGGUCGCCACCCGUAGCGUGGCGCGCUCCCGAUGUCCCCGCCGCCCCCCGCGCAGGCGGGGGCCCUCGCCAACGCCACCUUCUCCCGCCUCUUCCAGCUCUGCGCCCAUACCGGCCGCGAGGCGCUCGGCGCGGGCCGGGCCGCGCACUCGCGGAUGCUCGUGUCCGGGUUCGUGCCCACCGUGUUCGUCUCCAACUGCCUCCUCCAGAUGUACGCCCGCUGCGCGGGCGCCGCCCGCGCGCGCAGGGUGUUCGACGCGAUGCCCCACCUGGACACGGUCUCGUGGAACACCAUGCUCACGGCGUAUGCCCAGGCGGGAGACAUCGACACGGCCGUGUCGCUGUUCGACGUGAUGCCGGGCCCGGACGUCGUGUCGUGGAACGUGCUGGUCUCGAGCUACUGCCAGCGCAGCAUGUUUCGGGAGUCGGCAAGUCUGUUUUUGGAGAUGGCUCGCGGUGGUGUUGCCCUCGACAGGACGACGUUUGCUGUUUUGCUGAAGGCCUGCAGUGGUUUGGAAGAUUUGGCACUUGGUGUUCAAAUCCACGCGUUGGCGGUGAAGAUGGGCCUGGAGGCUGAUGUCCGAGCCGGGAGUGCUCUCGUGGACAUGUAUGGCAAGUGCAGGAGUUUGGAAGAUGCACUGCGCUUCUUUCAUGGAAUGGGUGAGAGGAAUUGGGUCUCUUGGUGUGCAGCGAUCGCGGGAUGUGUCCAAAAUGAGCAGUACACACGAGGGUUGGAACUGUUUGUGCAGAUGCAGAGGCUGGGGCUUGGGGUGAGCCAGCCUGCUUAUGCCAGUGUCUUUAGAUCCUGUGCAGCAAUGUCCUGUCUGGGCACUGCUAGGCAGUUGCACGCCCAUGCCAUAAAGAAUAAGUUCAGUUCUGAUCGCGUGGUUGGCACAGCAAUUGUGGACGUGUAUGCUAAGGCUGAUAGCUUGGUUGAUGCUAGAAGGGCAUUCUUUGGUUUGCCCAACCAUACUGUGGAGACAUGCAAUGCCAUGAUGGUUGGGCUUGUGCGCACAGGGCUCGGACUCGAGGCCAUGCAACUGUUUCAAUUCAUGACCAGGUCUGGUAUUGGUUUUGAUGUAGUUAGCUUAUCAGGUGUUUUCAGUGCUUGUGCUGAGGUUAAGGGGUACUUUCAAGGGUUACAAGUCCACUGCUUAUCAGUUAAAUCAGGGUUUGAUGCGAAUGUUUGUGUCAAAAAUGCAAUUCUGGAUCUAUAUGGGAAGUGCAAAGCGUUGGUAGAAGCAUAUCUUAUAUUCCAGGAGAUGGAGCAAAGAGAUUCAGUCUCUUGGAACGCUAUUAUUGCAGCUCUUGAGCAAAAUGAGUGUUAUGAGGAUACCAUAGCCCACUUAAAUGAAAUGCUGCGCUCUGGUAUGGAACCUGAUGAUUUCACUUAUGGUAGUGUCCUUAAGGCUUGUGCAGGUUUACAAUCUUUGGAAUAUGGAUUGAUGGUUCAUAACAAAGUAAUCAAGUCAGGACUUGGUUUAGAUGCUUUUGUUGCAAGCACUGUUGUUGACAUGUACUGUAAAUGUGGCAUGAUAACAGAGGCUCAGAAACUUCAUGACAGAAUUGGGAGGCAAGAACUUAUUUCAUGGAAUUCCAUCAUAUCAGGAUUUUCACUCAACAAACAGAGUGAUGAAGCACAGAAGUUCUUCUCAGCGAUGCUAGAUAUGGGGGUAAAGCCUGAUCAUUUUACUUAUGCCACGAUUCUUGAUACUUGUGCUAAUCUGGCUACCAUUGAGUUGGGAAAACAGAUCCAUGGUCAGAUUAUCAAGCAGGAAAUGCUUGGAGAUGAAUAUAUCUCUAGUACUCUUGUAGACAUGUAUGCCAAGUGCGGGAACAUGCCAGAUUCGCUGUUGAUGUUCGAGAAGGCACAUAAACUGGAUUUUGUGUCGUGGAAUGCUAUGAUAUGUGGCUAUGCACUCCAUGGCCAGGGAUUGCAAGCCCUAGAGAUGUUUGAGAGGAUGCAGAAAGCAAAUGUUCUGCCAAAUCAUGCAACUUUUGUGGCAGUUCUUCGGGCAUGCUGCCAUGUUGGUUUGCUAGACGACGGAUGCCGCUACUUCCAUCUGAUGACCACCCGCUACAAAUUGGAACCUCAACUGGAACACUUUUCUUGCAUGGUCGAUAUACUAGGACGCUCAAAGGGCCCGCAGGAAGCUCUGAAAUUUAUCAGAAGCAUGCCUUUUGAAGCAGAUGAAGUCAUAUGGAAGACUCUGCUAAGCAUUUGCAAGAUCCGUCAAGAUGUUGAAGUGGCUGAAAUUGCUGCUAGCAAUGUUUUACAGCUAGAUCCAGAUGAUUCAUCAGUGUACAUUCUUCUCUCAAAUGUAUACGCUGAAUCAGGGAAAUGGGUUGAUGUUUCAAGGACUAGAAGGCUAAUGAGGCAGGGACGGCUGAAAAAGGAACCUGGUUGUAGCUGGAUUGAAGUGCAAUCCGAGAUGCAUGGUUUCCUUGUAGGCGAUAAGGUCCAUCCAAGAUCGACAGAGGUGUAUGAGAUGUUGAAUGAUUUGAUUGGUGAGAUGAAACUCUCUGGAUAUGAGCCUGCUUCAACCGUUUUUGCUGAGGUUGAUGAAGAGGGGAGCGCAUCAGAGCAAGAUGAUUUGCUUGGAAUCGUCGGUGAUUAAUCUGUCUUGCCUUCGUGUAAAUUUGGCAGAUUCCUCCAGCAGAGAAUGAUACCAAUAAUAACACUGAGCCAGAAACUCAAAAUUUCUUACCUGGCCAUGUCAUGUAAGCAUGUUCUUGUUGAUCUUAGGAUGCAUGUGACUGACGAUCGUUCACAUGAAAGCAAGCCAGGACCAUGUGCACAGUUUUGGCGUGAAGAGGACUGAGCGCAGAAAAUAGGCUAGCAAAAGAAAUCAAACUGACCACAUCUGGUGGAUAAGUCAGUUAUUGCUAUUUCCACAACAUGUGCUGAUUCUGGCUUGUAUACAUGGAAUAUAGCAAACUUUGCAGAAAUGCAUCUGUUGCCUUAUUGGUAAUUUGGUAUGUGUAUUAUGUGCCCAGAGAUGAAUUUAAUUCCUUCGGAGCUCGUUGCUUGCUAUGCUUGUACUUGAUGUAAAUUGUAGGUGAGCUUCUUUAGAUAGUUCUUUAGAUCUGUUCGAAGGACAGACUACCUUACUUUGCGGCAUGGAUUCUUUGCUGCUCAUUUAUCUCCAGGGACCAAGUUCAAUUUUCGGAAGUACAUCAAGAGGUCAUUGGAGGAUGAUUUCAAAACAGUUGUUGGCAUUAGUCCACCUUUAUGGGGCCUCUGCUCUGGCUGUAAUGCUCGUCAAUGUUCAUGGUAUGCCAUUAUCUAAUUUCCUAAACUCCCAUAUUCUCAGAAAAUUACACACUGCUAAAUUACAUGUUGUAAUUCUUGUAGCAUGCCUAUACUGGUGGAGCAUUCUUUGCUUUGAAAAUAACUUGGAUUACACCUAAAUAAGAUCCAACACUCCAACAGACCAACUCUCUGGUUGUACUUCAUGUGCUAUUUGGCUUGAUGGUUUCCAGGACACCAUGAAAUUCUACAACAACAACAACAUAGUCUUUUGUCCCAAGCGAGUUGGGGUAGGCUAGAGAUGAAACCCAAAAGACACAAAGGUCAUGGUUCAGACACGUUGAUAGCUAGUCUCCAAGCGCUCCUA